AUGGCAACGGCAAAGAGUGCACUUCCCGUCGUCUUUGGCGCCAUGACGAUUGGCAAGCCAGGCGUAGAGGGUGUCCGGGUUACAGAGCUUUCCGAUGCUAAGGCCAUGCUCGACACGUUCCAGUCCCAUGGCCACAAUGAGAUAGAUACAGCGCGACUGUAUGGAGGUGGCUCAUCGGAAGAAUACUUGGGCCAGACCGACUGGCAGGGACGAGGCCUCGUUAUGGACACGAAGCUAUAUCCCAACAAGGGCAGACAGAUGGGCAAUAUGAGCUCAAACAUCUACUCACACAGUCCUGAGGAUCUCCGUCGAGGAUUGAAGCAGAGCCUGGAAGCAUUGAAAGCAGAGAAGAUUGAUAUGUGGUACCUCCAUGGUCCAGACCGCAAUACACCUUUUGAAGACACACUUCGAGAAGUCAACCAUUUGUACAAAGAAGGGUAUUUUACACGUUUCGGUAUCAGCAACUACAUGUCGUGGGAGGUUGCGAAGAUAUGCGAGAUAUGCGAAAAGAACGGUUGGAUAAAACCCUCCGUCUACCAAGGCAUCUACAAUGCUCUCCACCGAGCUAUCGAGCCCGAACUCAUGCCGUGCCUCCGUCACUACAACAUCGCGCUCUAUGCAUUCCAACCUCUCGCAGGGGGAUUCCUCACGUCGAGAUAUCGUCGCGACAUGUCCAACGAUCAAUUCGAGUCCGGCUCGCGGUUCGAUCCAAAGCGGUGGCAGGGCAAUUUGCACCGUGGGAGGUAUUGGAACAACUACUACUUUGACGCCCUCGACACGAUUCGUCCAGUACUCCAGAAGCAUAAUCUUACAGAGACAGAGGCAGCCUUUGGAUGGUUGUGUCAUCACAGCGAGAUGAGCAAAGAGAAGGGCGACAAGAUCAUCAUUGGAGCCAGUAGUGUUAAGCAACUGGAGCAAAAUCUUGCUGACCUAGAGAGGGGACCGCUUCCGGAAGAAGUGGUUGAAACAUUGAAUGCUGCGUGGUUGAAUGUCAAAGGUGUCGUACCAAAAUAUUUCCACUAG